AUGGCAAAACUGCAUAUUGUCCUUUUCCCAGCCAUGUCAUACGGGCACUUGAUUCCCACCCUUGACUUGGCCAAGCUCUUCACCUCACGAGGCCUAAGGGUCACCAUCAUAACCACCCCUCCUUUCGCCCCAACCGUCGAGCGUGCCCGUUCCUCCGGCCACGACAUCGGCCUCAAGACCCUCGAUUUCCCCCCCAAAAACUCCCUCCUCCCGAAAAACAUCUUCAGUCUCGACCAGGUCUCGAGCCCCGACCUCCUCGCCGAGUUCUUCGAGGCCACGGCCCUCCUUCGGGACCCGCUCGAGCGCCUCCUCCUCGACCUCGACGCCAGCUGCCUUGUCUCCGGCAUAUUCCUCCCCUGGACGGCGGGCCUUGCUAAAGAUCUCGGCAUCCCGCGACUCGUCUUCCACGGCUGGGGCUGUUUUGCCCUUUGCGCCUCCGAGCACAUGCACAUCCACGAGCCGCACAAAAGCCUAUCUUCCGACUCGGACACUUUUGUCCUUCCCGGCCUUCCCCACGAGCUGACAUUCGUUCGGAGCCAGGCUCCAUCCAGAGACCAGGAUAGUUUGUUCUCGAGGAUGAAGGAGAGAAUGAGGGAGACAGAUAGGGAGAGUUUUGGGGUCGUCGUCAAUAGCUUCUAUGAGCUCGAGCCAGACUACGCCGAUCACUACAAGAAUGUGCUCGGGUUGAAGACGUGGCACGUGGGCCCACUGUUCCUACUAUGCAAUGACGAAGGGGAUAAUAAGGAGAAGUCGCGGGGGAAAGAGUCGGACAUCGACGAGCACGAGUACCUCACGUGGCUCGACUCGAAGAAGCCCGAUUCGGUAGUGUACGUGUGCUUCGGGAGCAUGGUCACGUUCACGCGGGCACAACAUCACGAGAUGGCCGCGGGACUCGAGACGUCGGGCCAUGACUUUGUGUGGGCGGUGAGGCACGAGGGAAAAGAGGAUCCACUCCCAGAGGGGUUUGAGGAACGGAUGAGUGGGAAAGGGCUUGUGAUAAGGGGGUGGGCCCCACAGGUGACAAUUUUGGGGCAUGAGGCCGUAGGGGCGUUUGUGACGCAUUGCGGGUGGAACUCGGCAUUGGAGGGGGUGUGCGCGGGGGUGCCGAUGGUGACAUGGCCAGCAUUUGCGGAGCAGUUUUAUAACGAGAAGUUGUUGACUGAGGUGCUUCGGGUGGGAGUACCGGUGGGGAGCAAAAAGUGGGAGAGGGUGGGGAUUGAGGGGGUCGGACAGGAGGCGGUGAGGGCGGCAGUGCAAAGAGUAAUGGCCGACGACGAGAUGAGACAGCGGACCAAGGAUUUGAAGGUGAUGGCGAAGAGGGUCGUGGCGGAAGGUGGGUCAUCGUACGAGGGUUUGAAUGCGCUGAUCGACGAGCUUAGGGUUUAUGUGCCUUCUUGA